AUGGCCACACAGUGGUUGAUUGGCUUCUUGAACUUUUGGCACAGAGGAGAGGUUCGCACUGUGAGGAUAAGGAUCUUACCAUGGCAUGUGUUCCUUGGCCUAUACACUUAUGCAUUGGCAAUAGCAACAGCAGAAACUGGAUUGCUAGAGAAAUUAACAUUCUUGCAAACAAAGAGAAAUGUAGCCAAACACAGCACUGAGUCCAUGGUGGUUAAUAGUUUAGGCUUGGUUCUUGCCCUUCUCAGUGGCUUUGUUAUUUUGGCUGCUGUUUCACCUAAAUAUUGGAAUGACGAGGAUGUCAUCCUACCAUCGAAGCACUUGCAAAUUUCAAUAAGAACAUUUGGUGCCCAUCGUGAGGUUGAAGUGAAACUAUCCACUAGUCACACAUGA